CGGCCACCAACAUUGGCCCAAUCGUCGAGAGUGAUGGUAACAAUCGAACUGGCGAUCUUCUUCGUCAUUUCCAAAGUCGACUGCCGAUCCUCCCAUACCACCCACUACGAUGCAAGUAUCGAUGUCCAACAUGGCGGCGUUGCCGACGGCGAUGGCGCCGAUUAACACGCCUCCGCGCACGGCCUUUGUCUUUGGCUGGGACAACUUUCUGUGUCCCUCGACGUGGCUGCACCAGACGCUUGCGAUCCACCCGAACCAGCUCCAGCAUCCGGUGCUGCGCCAGCAGCUCGCGGUCCUCGACACGUACAUAGUAGCGCUCCUCACGCAGGCGCGCGCAAUGGGCCCCGUCUUCGUCGUCUGCGACUCGACGAACGACACGCAGUCGCUGUGCCAGACGUACCUGCCGCAAUGCAUGAGCCUCUUUCUUUCGACCGACGUCCGCGUCGUCGCUGGCAACGACGGCCACAACCCCCUCGACGUCAUCUGCGCCAACCAUCUCGGCAUCUCGACGAGCAUGUUUGCGCCCCAGAGCACGCUGGCGGUGCUCGGCCUCCCGCAUCUGCGCGAGACGUGCUUCCGCAUGGCGUACCGCGACCUCGUCGUCAACAAGGUCGUGUGCAGUGCCCGACCGUCGCCGACCGUCGACGAAGCUUGCCACCAGCUCCAGCUCAUGGGCAGCGGCCUCCUCGGCGUCGUCGCGCACCACACGUCCGCGCUCGACAUGGUGCUUUAGUCGCGAAGGUUGCAUCUCGUCGGUAACUGUGAUGGUGUAAUUGUGUGUGUACUGUCGUCGUUGCGCAUCCCAGUACUCAAUCCCG